UUUAUACCCAAACAGAAAAGCUUUGCUACAAAUACGAGUUCAGUAUCGUCGAAUUCCGGGUGCUCAAACGGGACCGGGUACAAAAAUCAGUUAUCAGAAGUUGGACUAAGCUGUAAACUUUGUAAGGGCGCUCAUGGUUUAGAUAAUUGCCCAACCUUUGCGAAGAAAACAAUGGAAGAUAAGAAGACUUUCUUGGUAAACAAUAGACUCUGCUUUAGUUGCUUCGGAACAAAUCACAUGGCUAAGGGAUGAUUACAAAAGGCCACAUGCAGUAAAUGUCAAAAGAAACAUCCAACAACUUUACAUAUUGAUGGAUUCAGUCUUCAAAUGGUUGAUAAUCAUCUUGAAUCGUCUAAGGCUAGUGAAAAUACAGCUAACUUGAUAUCAGAUGUUAUUCCUAAAACAGUGUGCAAUGUAACCAGAUCAGUAAACUCUAUUAUUUUACAACCCAUCCUUCCAGUACGUUUACAGUGGAAAGAUAAAAUGGUUAUUACGCUUGCCUUUUAUGAUAAUGGCAGCAGCGGUUGUUUUCUACUAAAAGACACCCAGACGAAAUUAAAUGCCAAAGGAGUCUCAACGAAAGUACAACUGGGCACCAUGCAUGGUCAAGACAUGUUAGACUCAGAAAUGAUAAAUAACCUGUUGGUGCUUGACAUCGAUGGCAAUAAUGGAAUAGAAUUACCUAAAACGUACACAGUAGGUGAAAUACCCGUCACACUCUCACAGGUUCCUACACCAGAAAUCGUUAGUAAAUGGGAACACCUUCAAGAUAUAGCAAAGAAAAUCCCUCAACUUAUUCAAGGAUGCGACAUUGGGCUUCUCAUCGGUAGUAAUUGUCCCGUAGCUCUAGGGCCGUUAGAAGUAAAACCUAGUGAAGGAAAUGGACCAUUUGCUAUGCGCUUGCCUCAUGGUUGGACCGUGUGUGGGCCAGUUGCCGUAGAAGAAUCUUUGUCAACAAACGAAGUCUCAGUAAAUCGCAUAACUGUUCGAGAAGUAGAAAGGUUCAAGGAAAUAUUCUCACCGCAAACAGUUCUUGAAAUGUUCGAAAGAGACUUUAACGAGGAUCCGAUCAAUCAAAACUCAGAAGAAUAUGGUUUGUCUCAAGACGACAGGAAGUUUAUAGAAAUUGUCAAUGAUGGUAUAAGUAACGUAAACGGCCACUAUCAGAUCCCACUUCCUUUUCGUAAAGAGCAUAUUCUCUUCCCAGAUAACCGACUUCAAGCUGUUAAACGCUGUGAAUGGCAGAAGAAAAAGAUGUCAAGCGAUUCUCAGUAUUAUGAACAUUAUAAACGUUUUAUUCAAGACAAUAUCGAUAAGGGUUUUAUCGAGAAAGUUCCUGAAAAUGCCUCACCGGAACCAGGACAUUCGUGGUAUCUUCCGCAUCAUGGGGUCUACCACCCUCGUAAAUUAGACAAGAUAAGAGUCGUGUUCGAUUGUAGCGCGCAGUACCAAGGUAUCUCUUUGAAUAAUCAGCUACUACAGGGCCCAAACCUGACAAACUCAUUGAUUGGUGUAUUAACUCGAUUUCGGGACGAACGUAUCGCAUUCAUGGGAGACAUCGAAUCAAUGUUCCAUCAGGUAAUGGUCCCACCUCACCAUCGAGACUUUCUACGACUUCUAUGGUGGAAGGACGGCGACAUUGAUAACGACUUAGAGGAGUUCCGUAUGUGUGUACAUCUGUUUGGAGCUGCCUCAUCCCCCAGCUGCUCAAACUUCGCAUUAAAGAAGACUGCGGAUGAAUCAGAAGAAGAGUUUGGUAAAACUGUCGCAAAUGUUAUUCGUAAUAACUUUUAUGUAGACGAUUGCCUCAAAAGUGUCAAGACUCCAGAAAUCGCUAAAGACUUAAUACGAAGGUUACAAGGUGCAUGCCUUAAAGGCGGAUUUAGGUUGACCAAGUUCAUCUGUUCUGAUAAAGAGGUUCUUGAAUCUAUUCCAGAGGACGAAAGGGCUAAGGAAGUUCGGGAGUUGGAUUUGAAUUUAGAACCUACCAGUAGAACGAGCACUUGGCGUAAAAUGGGUUGUUUCAUCGGACACUUUUGGUUUCACAAUCACCUUAAAGGACAGACCUUUAACUCGCAGAGGUAUCUUAUCCAUGGUAUCGUCAAUCUAUGACCCACUCGGAUUUGUUUCCCCGGUAACGUUAACAGCCAAACGAAUAUUACAGGAUUUAUGCCGCCUUGAUCUUGAUUGGGAUGACGCUAUACCAGUGGAGUAUCAACGACAAUGGUUAAACUGGAAAGAUAAUCUUCUGGCUUUAGAGAAGAUAGAGAUUCAACGAUGUGUUAAACCGGUUGAAUUUGGACCUAUACUAUCAAAGCAAGUUCAUGUAUUUUCGGAUGCAAGUUCUACAGCGUAUGGAGCGGUUGCUUAUCUUCGACUCAAGGAUAAUAACGAUCGAAUACACUGUUCAUUUUUACUAGGUAAAAGUAGACUCGCACCCAUAAAGACAGUUACUAUACCGAGACUCGAACUAACGGCCGCUACAGUAUCAACACGCAUUGGCCAACUGUUGUUAAAUGAGUUGACUGAUAAACCGGAUUCUGUCUUUUAUCACACAGACUCAACUACUGUCUUAAGAUACAUUCAUAAUGACCAACGACGAUUCAAAAUCUUUGUUGCGAACAGAGUUCAAACGAUUCGUAACUGCUCAGAACCAUCCCAAUGGCUGUAUAUCGACACUAAAAGUAAUCCAGCUGAUGACGCCUCACGUGGUUUAACAAGCUUAACAUUCCUACAGUCAAACAGAUGGCUUAAAGGUCCCGAAUUCUUAUGGAAGCCAGAAGAGGAAUGGAUCAAACAACCAGUGUUACCUGGACUAAUUCCCUCAUCAGAUCCUGAAGUAAAGGAUGAAGUUUCUAAUUGUGUAACGAACGUAACUUGUUCUGAUAAUAAUCCUGUGAAGUUGUUUAUUGAACACUAUUCAGAUUGGCACAGAUUAAAACGUGCUGUUGUUAUAUUUUUACGGUUUAAAUCAAUUCUACUGCGUUUGAGUAAGGACAGAAAAGAUCAUAAUCAUUUAAAUAGAUCAGAAGAAGCCUUUAUGACUGAACGGAGGAAAUCCUCAUUCAGAUCCUUAAACUUACCCAUAACUGUAGAAAUGGAGAAAGCAGAAAGUAGUAUUUUUAAGUACGUUCACGAACAUCAAUACGCUGAAGAACUUAAAGUUCUUAGAUCAACAGACUUCAAUCAGAAUAAUCGUCGCCAACAGUUUAAGUGCAAAAAGUUGUUAACGAAGAAUUUGUCAAAUUUAUGGAAGCUCGAUCCAGUUAUCGAUAAUGGUGUUCUCCGCGUUGGUGGACGGUUAGACAGAGCCGACGUCUCGGAAUCCUUAAAGCACCCUGUAAUCGUUCCCAGAAAGGGUCACUUAACAGAACUCGUCAUUCGCCAUGCUCAUCAACGACUUGCUCAUGCAGGAAGAGGUCAUGUUCUAGCAUCGCUACGAGAAAAGUAUUGGAUAAUAGGAGCCAACGCCGCAGUACGCCAGGUGAUAACUAAAUGUGUUCCCUGUCGACGCAACCGAGCUAAACCAAACAUACAGAAAAUGGCGGAUUUGCCAGCCGAAAGAGUCAACCCCUCACCACCGUUUACCUACGUGGGAUUAGAUUAUUUCGGACCGUUCUAUAUUAAGGAUGGACGACGUGAACUUAAACGUUACGGAGCUAUUUUCACUUGUCUAGCUAGCAGAAGUAUUCACAUCGAAGUUUCGAACUCUUUGGAAACGGAUUCAUUCAUACAAGCUCUUCAACGUUUCAUAGCCUGAAGAGGACCCGUUAGACAGAUACGAAGUGAUAAUGGAUCCAACUUCAUUGGUGCCGAAAAGGAGCUUCGUCAGGCAUUAGAUGAAAUGGACAAGGAUAAAGUUAGAAAUAAAUUACUGCAUUUCAACGUUGAUUGGAUAUUCAACCCCCCAACCGCAAGCCACAUGGGAGGAAUUUGGGAGCGCCAAAUUCGCUCAAUUAGAAAGGUCUUCAAUUUUCUCCUCAAGGAACAUGGAAGAUGUCUAGAUGAUGAAUCGUUUAGAACUUUAAUGUGCGAGGUCGAACAAAUCUUAAACUCUAGACCUCUUACAUUUUUUUCUUCUGAUAAAGACGAUUUAGAUCCCUUAACGCCCAAUCACAUCUUAACUACUAAGACUCAAGUUGUUUUAUCACCGCCUGGAUGUUUUCAACGUGAAGAUCUAUAUCUACGUCGCAGGUGGCGCAGAGUCCAGUAUCUCGCCAAUCUGUUUUGGACCCGAUGGAAGAAGGAGUAUAUGAUAUGUUUACAGGAACGCAAUAAAUGGUGUCAUCCUCAACGUAAUGUCCAGAUUGAUGAUAUUGUUCUUGUGUGUGAUGACAGUCUCCCUAGAAACGAAUGGAUAAUGGGAAGAAUCGUUUCAACAGAAACUGAUAAUAAAGGACUAGUUAGAGCUGCUAAAAUUAGAACGUCAACCACUCAACUACGCCGACCUAUUGCUAAAUUGGUUCUACUACUUGAGAAGGAAGAUGGUGAUUAACGUGUUAAAGUGACUUUUAAGUGAUUUAAUGUUUAAUAGUAUUUAAAUGACUUUAAUGGUAUUACGGUUUAACGUGGACAAUUUUUAAUGUGUUUAAACGGCUGCAGUUAUUAAGACUGAAUAUUAGUUUGUAAAUUGAUUUCCUAAUUUAGGGACCGGGUAUGUGCCCGCAGCCGAUCAAUUUAUGUAUUUUAGUUUAACGGUUAGAGGGAGGCAACUCUCUUUAUUAAAAAGGAUGAUGUAAGCAAGCGGGAAGCGUGCAAAAGAAAGAUGGCGAAGUAAACAGCGGUCUCAAACUAUUUGAAACCGUUGUCAACGGUAUUAACGUUAAAGUUUUCCUAUAGAUGCUCAAUGCUUAUGUCACACGGUUAACGGAUAUUGAGUGUCGAUGGCGAACUGUAUAAGCUGCUAGUUUAAGGUCUCAAUUCGUCGUGUCUAUGUGAAAGGCUAACGGUAAACAAGACAUCGGCUAUUGAGUAUUGGUAAUGGCAUGGCUGCAGUUUCAAGUUAAAGGGACGGUGACGCGUUUCAAUACCGCUAUGUACAAGGUUUAAGGAGUAAAGGCUGGAAGGCAACUGAAGAAAAUCAGUAUUAACUAAAGAUCACUAAACUUACCUAACAACACAACAAAUACCAGAAGGGAAAUCUUCAGCAAAAAACAGAUACAUUUGAAUACAGUGUAACAUCUAAUUCUCUUCACCCGUUAAUAAAUUAUUACUAUGAUACGCUCUGAGAAGAAGUCGAGCUACUUCAACUGGACAAAUUAACUGAUUACUAGAAAUCUGAAGGAGCUGCUCAUGCCUUAACACUGUCUCACAGUUUACAAACAGAACAGGUUUGUUUGAUGCCAAAAGUGAUAUUAUGCAAAUAUAUAAAACAUGUUUGGAAAAUUGUUCUUGCGGAUGAUUUCACAGAAAGCACUUUGUUUGACUAUUAUGAAGAUGAUGAUGACGGAGAUAAUGAUAAAGAUAUAGAAUGUGUGUUGACUAAUAGUUCAUUUACCGAGUGUAUUGAUAAAUAGUCUGUUUAUCAACAUAUGGAGUGUAUUGUUUAUCAACAUAUUGAGUGUACUGUUUAUCAACAUAUUGAGUGUAUUGAUAAAGAAUUGGGUGAAAAAACAUAUUUAGUGUACUGAAAAAUAAUUUUUUAUCAACUUAUCAAUUGUAUUGAUAACUUUUGUUGAUCACCAUAUUGACUGCAUUAGAUAAAGUGUUAUAAACUUGUUGAGUGCAUUGAUACAUAUAGAGAAUCUCCUAUCAGUAUUUUUUGAUAUCAAAAAAUAUCAACACAAGUUGAUAAAGUAACAAAAAAACAAGGCUCUGCCGAGUUUUUUUUACUUUAUCAACGAAUGUUGAUAUUUUUUGAUAUAAAAAAAGACGAGUAGGUGAUUUUAUUUAUCACCCAAUCCCGUCUUUUAAAAUUAUGUGUCUUAAAGAUACAUUAUGGGAGAGUUGGCCAUUCUUGCUAUAAAAGUUCAAAAAUAGAUGAUGAAAGAGGAAUAUAUUGAAAAUUUCAGUCAAAUUACUUUAUUCUGAACAAAGUUAUCACCAUUGUCAUUUUUGACUAGAAAUAGGCGUCAACUCUCUCUUCGUCGUCUCCGAGAAUGGCCGAUCGUUUGGUUGACAGGUGUUAACUCCACCUACAAAAGUUAAUAAGGUAACAAAAAACAAGGUAGAUUUCACUUUUACUGAACAUUACGGCGUAGUGAUACAUCAUUUUUGACAGCAAUUCAACCAUUGCAAAGUCUUUUAUAUUGACCCAGUGUUUCCAUCAAGGUCAAUUGAAUAACAAUAGUUCAUUUUUAAUUAAAAAAAAAAGUUACGUUUAAUAAGAAAUGAACUGUUCUUUGAAAAUAAAAAAAGUAGUUCCUUUUCAACUGACCAAUCAAAUUCAUGUAAAGCGAUAUCUCCUUAGGAGAUAGCGCAGUAGAUUAUGAAAUAUAUCACACAAGCGAUAUCUACUGUAGAAUGUAUUAUUGGAUGAUAAAAUUUAUUAAGUGUUCAGAAAUGUUUGUUUAUCAGCUUAUAGACUGUAUUGAUAUAGUAUUACAAACUUUUAUAAAUAUUACUGUAAAUAAUUUUAUGUUUAUUUUCUUAACUAUAGUGUGAAUAAUAUGUUCAUUUUAUCAACUAUAGUGUAUCAAGUGUAUUGAUAAAUUUUGUUGAUAACAAUAUUGACUUAUUGAGUGCAUUGAUACAUAGUUUAUUCAGUGUUAUGAAGUGUUUAUCAGCUUAUUGACUGUAUGUAUAAUUUUUUCAUUUAAUCAACUAUAGUGUACUAAUUGCUAAUUAGUUAAAAUAACUUAUUGUUCAUAUGAACUAUAGUGUGAAUAAUUUAUUUCUCAUUUUAUUAAUCAUACUGUGAAUAAUGAUUUGCUCAUUUUAUCAACUAUAGUGAAAAUAAUUUAUUUUCCUCAUUUUAACAACUGUAGUGAAAUUAUUAUAUUGUUUAUUUUAUCAACUAUAGUGUGAAUGAUUUAUUGGCGAUUUUAUAAACUAUAGUGAAAAUAAUUUAUUGGCCAUUUUGUUAACUA